AUGUACGAAAUGGAGACAUUCCGUGAGCGUACCUUGGCGAAUCGCUAUCAGCCACGGCAACAUCUCCCCCCGAAUUUUCCUCAUGUUCUGAAGGAAUACGCACGUGAGGUGUUACGCGCCCAACCUGAUGAUGUCUUGCAGUGGAGCGCAGAUUAUUUUAAACGCCUUGCACUGGAAACAGAUCCUUUACAAGCACGUCAGCCUCCUUCUGAACAUUACGUUCCUGUUGUAGAAGAUCAGGAACGAGAGAUGUUACUGCAGCGACUCAUUAAAGCUUUCGCAGAGCAUGAUAAUGAUAAUACUGGUGUACUCUCUACACAAGAGAUCAAAAAAGUUCUUCUAGAGUCAUUUGAAUUGACACCUUCUCAGGCGCUUUACGUCUUGACGUCUACAGCUCUUGUAGAAAAUGAUACCGUAGAUUAUAAGUCCUUCGCCAAUGAGUGUGUGCGCGCAGUACAGUUUUUUCAGGAGACUCAUCAUGAGUUUGGAGUGGGUGAACUUGAGGAUGCCACCGUCCAUGGUCUCUCCAGGCGUGAUGUGGAGCAGGAGUUCCUGCGUAUUUUCCGUUAUGUUGAUGAGGCUGACACCGGGCUUCUUCCUAUUGAGCAGUAUUUUCAAGCUCUGCUUAAUGCACCGUAUCAUCUCACAAACCGAGAUUUACGGCUUCUUCGUAUUGAAGCAGCACGAAAUGCUGAAAAUGAAGUGGACUACGAGUCGGAACUCGCGUAUAUGUUUGAUCGUCUCCUCCUCGCAGAACAAUUUUUUCUCUUUGACGAAGAUGCAUAA